AAUUUUGUAGCCUAUCCAUACAUUUGUGUGUUAAUUUGAACGCACUAACUUCGAAUGUCAUUUCCAUUUUGGCCAGUAGCCUUCGUGUGUCCUUUAUUUCCAUGAUGGCUUCCCGGUCUUGUGAAUUGCUUUUCCUUCGAACCUGCUUCAGCUUCUUGAUACUAGUGGCCUUUUGCGACAUUGCCUUCAUACUGAGCCGCGGUGAAGGCUUGUUCAGUCAUUCACAAUGCCCGAGCUUUUACUCGGCUGACCGGAACGAUUCCCUUAGCCUGGCUGAGACCGAAUCCCUCUCCGAAUUUGCCAAGAAACUGGGGAUUAACGAGUCUGAAGUGGAUCGGAACAAGUUGAAACGUGUCCAGGAAAUGCAUAUCCUGUCUCGUCGAGCCGCCAGAGCUCAGCAUCCAGAGGAUACCGCCACCAGUGGUCAGAAUCCAAAGUUCUUCUGCGGAGAGGGGGAUGAAGACUGCCAAGGCUGGCUGACCCGCUGGUCCAAUUGGAGAUUGUUGGUGGAAGUGGAGAAUCUGCACAAGUUGAAAGACUUGAAGGAGGUCGACACCCCUUUGGACCGACUGGAAUUGGAACUGAGAGAGAAGCGCUUGGAGUUCCAAAAGGAUCGUUACAACCGAGCCCUGGACAUCUUGGACCUGGAGUACAAGCAAGGCUUGAUGGAGAUUGACUUUGAACGUCAACAAGACACCCUAGUGCGGGAAAUUGCCAAGGAGAUGCUGCGUCUGGCGCAAGAGGCCAAUGAACCACUUGCCCAUACUUUCUAAACAUUCCUCUACAGUUUUAAUGCCAUAAAUUUGAAGACAAAAUAUACCUUUAUUUAAGAAGUCAAA